AUGGCUGACUCUGGUUCUCCCGAUAAUAGCUACAACCGUUACUCGAUGCCAGUCACCCGCUCCCGCACUGGUCUCUACGGCGCCGACCUCGACCAAACCGGCACUGCGCGCUUCCUCUUUGGCGAGGAGGACGUUUCUGGCGAGAACAAGUACGGCCAGAACAACGGCGAUGACAACUUCCCGACUCUGGUUCGCCGCGACGAUCAAAUGUGGUUCUUCAUCGACUCAUCGAGGCCCACAUGA